GCAGUUAGUUAGCAGUUGGCUGAGGUUAACUAAUUUAUAUUUUUCUAGACAGAAAUAUAAACAAAGCAUUAAUCAAAGUACACCCAACCUUAAACUUUUGUUCCUUAUAGUACCUGAACCAUAUAUAUAUAAACUGCAUUUGUUGCGUCGUCACCCCUGCAUGAUCAACUAACAGAUUUAAUAUAAUCUCUCUUUAUUCAACCAUUCAAUCUCUGCUUUCCUUCCUACCGAAAGCCAAAGGAAGAAUGAGGUUCUGUUGUUGCAUCCCUUUGUUCUGUUGUGCCUCUGAUUAAUUUCUAUCAGUAUCAAACAAUUAGAACCGAAGAACAAGUAAGAGGAAAUUCAGCAAUUUUUGCUUUUAAAAUUGUCUUGGACGUCACCUAAACCAUGAAGUGAUGCAAUUUUAGUAAAAAGUAAACAAACAUAACUAUACAUGUCGUUGGAAGUAUCACAAAAGCGUAAAUAAGUUGAUAGAGUUUGAAUCUUUAAAUCUGCUAUCGUGUUGAAGAAAGGGUCUAACCAUGUGGUAUAAAAGUAAGAUUUUUUCUUGCACUUGAAUAUAAAAGGAACAAAAAUACCACUCAACCUUAUAGCUAGUUAUAGUAGAUUUUUUUCUUCCCCACCUAACUGGGACAUGGUAGUUUGGUCCCAAAGCUAAGCAUGCCCACCCAAUCAAAUCAGACCACUUGCAUGAUUUGGAAGUGCAUAGAUGGCAUAGACUGUUAUGGCACAACCAUAUACUAUGCAAAAUCAUAUAGGAGUAUAGUUGCUGCAUCAAUUGGGUUCUGGAGGGCUGAAAAAAAUAGUUAAAUGAGCAAUGCAAUAUUCCGCCACUUUCCCACUAAACCGACCUAUGCUGCAUGCGUGUUGACAAAUCUUUCAUUUUCCAUCCUCAACACAAAACGUAUUUUACAUACUCAUACUUUCUCGCCCUAAUCCACAAGUUUCUUUCUCAACGGAAAGUCACCUUUCUACUCCACUCCACACGAAACAAGCCCUCCAUUUUUUUAAGAAUCCCACCUCACUAUAUAUCUCACAUGCUUUCUUUUCAAUUUCUCACUCAAACUCCCUCUCCCUUCACCUGCUCUCUCUCUCUCUCUCACACACACACACACAUUCACAGUUCCAUGCAGUUAUCUUUAUAGCUUUCUCUAACAACUUCGCUUUUAGUCUUCAACCACCUGAUUUAUACACCCCUUUUAAUAAAAUGGGCAAUUGUGUUGUUCUUUGUAAACCCAGUUCAGGGUCUUGCAUCAUGCCAAAAAAGGUUAAGAUUGUGAGGGUAGCUAAACCAGAUGGGAAGAUACUAGAGUUUGGCACUCCAAUCCAUGUCAAAGAUAUCUUGACAAACUAUCCAGCUUAUGGUGUUGGUGUUUCAAAGAAAGUCACAGAACCUCUUUCAGCUGAUCAUGAAUUGAAGUCAGGGAGAAUGUACUACUUGCUUCCUUCUCUGCGUUCCCCUCCAAAUCUUGCAUCUUUAAGGAGCGCUGAGACAGAUGGUGGGAUAAAGAGGAUCAAAGUUAUCAUAACGAAGCAGCAACUUGAGCGGUUGGUGAACAAACAGAUCUCCGUAGAGGAUAUACUAUCAGAGGUUCAAACGUUUGGUGUUAAGUUUCUGGACAAUCGGAAACCCAAAUUGGACUCUAUUCCCGAAGAGAAUGAGUAACAUACGACAUAGAAAUCCUAGCUAUUUCUCUAAAUUUUCUGGCUGUUUCACCUUUCAUUUCCCUUUUUCCUUGGUUAUAGUACCUUCUUUCUGAUGUAGUCGCAGGACUUGUGGCCGUUGUUGUAAUGCUUUAUGUUUUCCUCUCGUUUUUUAAGGAAGUUUGGUUGUAAAAACUGAUACAAAUAUGUAAAGGUAGACAGAGAACCUAGCGUAGAAAAAUAUUUAUGGGUAGUUUCUAAAUUUUGCAUUC